AUGAGGCCUUCGCUUCGGGGUGGAUGGCUGUACCCCCUCCUCUUCGCGCUCAUCCUUUUGGCGCUCGCUCAUGGUGCGCGUGUCGAGCCUGACGUGGGAAGCGGCAGUCUGUUGCAUGUGAGCGGCGUAGAGGCCUCCGCCCAGGCUACGUCGGUGGCAGACGUGCGACGCUUCGUGGAGAACUACCGCGUCCUGAAACGAAUCAUCCCGCACUACUACGCCUCGUUCACGCACACCGGAGAUAUAAUCUAUUUUCUGGGCCUGAACGGUCUCGACAUGUCGGUGCUUGAAUCGAACAAGAAAGUGACGCAGCUGGACAUGGAGCAGCACCUGCACUUUGUGCGGCAGAUUGUCUGGGAUUGCUUGAUUUCGUUUGACUCGCAACCCAUCAUGUACAUGGUCGUGGAUCUGCGCGGGCUGCAGGUCGUGAACGCGUGGUCGAAGAGAAACCGCAUGUUGACGCAGCUCCUUCGAGCGAUUCGCGACAAGACAUUCACGCGGCGUUUCCACCGCGUCCAGGUGGCGGCGAUCUCUGAAAGCCGCAUCGCUCGCACGAUUGUUGAAAUGAAGCGCCACAAGUUUCCAGUGGGGACCGACGUGCAAGUCUACCCUUCGUUCAGCGCGUUCAUUGAACAAAACAAAGACAUCACCGCCGACGUCCUCCCGCGAGCCUUCGGCGGCUCCGCCGACGUCGAGCUCCCCAACGGAGGUCUCGAGUACAUGAUUUCUUUCUUCGUCGAAGAAAUCCUCGCGCGCCGACCGGCUGCGCUCUACGAGUGCUACGAGGCGCGCGGCCUCAAUGCGGCGGGGAAGUGA